AUGGGAUUAUGUGGAGAGGUUGGUAAUAUAGAUGAAACUAAAAUUUAUGGAGUCAUGCCAUAUGUGGCUCCUGAAGUAUUAAGAAGGAAGCCUUAUACUCAAACAUCAGAUAUCUAUAGUUUUGGUAUGAUAAUGUAUUUUGUAGCAACUGGAAGACAACCUUUUGACAAUCGUGCACAUGAUUGUAGUUUAGCAUUAGAUAUUUGCAAGGGAAUUAGACCUGAAAUAAAUGAGCCAGAAGCACCAAGAUGUUAUAUUGACUUAAUGAAAAAGUGUUGGGAUUUAAACCUAAACAAUAGACCAAAUAUUCUUGAAAUAAAUGAAUUGGUCCUGACAUUUUAUAAGUCAUGUGGAGGGAAUUUCUUCAUAGUAAAAAAUAAAGAAAUUGAAAUGCAAUUCAAGAAAGCAGAAGAAUAUAGAAGAGCAAAUCUUUCAUCAAUUGAAAAUUACCAAAUAGUUACCCAUCCACAAGCUAUUUACACAUCUCGAUUACUUAACCCUUUUACAGAAAAUCUUCCAAAAUAUGAUAAUGAUGAUGAUAAUUCUCAAUGUUUAGAUCAUGCAAUCUAA